AUGUUUCAUCAAACAGAUGAUGAUUUUGAUAAUAGUUUAUUAGUUGAAGAAAAAACACGUAGUUUUACAAUCAAUAGGUGCUAUGACUAUGAAAUUAUUGGACAAAAACAACAACAAUCGGCUGCUGCUGAUGGAGGAGGAGGUAUGGGCACCGGUGGUAGCCUAUUGUUUGGCACCACUACACGAAAACUAUACAAUAGUCUACCCGUACAGUGGCUCCGGGAUUAUAGUCGUCAUAGACAUCGUCGGCAAAUAGUCAACGAUUUACCAAUGAUUAGGCAAUUGAUGGGCGAUUGUCAACAACGUCGCCGACAACGAUAUAAACAACAAAAUCAAAGUGACUUUUGUCGACAACAACAACAAACUACCGGUGCUGCUAUCGGUAAUACUACACUAGUCUAUAGCCGACAAUACCGGGUCUACCAGUUUUUUCAUCGCCCCUCACAUACAGUACUAUCCAUUAGCUAUCAUCUACUGGUAUUUGUAUUGGUUAUCUGUUGUCUAAUACUUACCAUACUGUCCACCUGUGCUCCGUACGCACCAACCAUUGGACCCAUACUGGCCAUUAUGGAAAAGUCGACUGUCCUAUGGUUUCUCAGUGAAUUCCUAGUCCGGCUAUGGUCGGCCUCGUGUAGGCGCCAGUAUGUCGGAUGGCUGGGAAAACUCCGGUAUCUAAGACAACCAUCCCAUUGCAUGGAUGUCUGUAUCAUACUAUUGUCGGUUGUUGUCCUCAGUGCCGACACCCGACACGGUAGUCAAGUAUUUGCCGUUUCAGCCUUGCGUGGCUUUCAUCGGACAUUCUGUAUGUUUCAGCUGAUGGCGCUCCGGGAGGAAUCGGUAGUGAUGGACGAGGAUUUAGUACACUAUCAGCAGCAACACCAGCCCUGGCGACUGUUAUGGGAUGUCAUUGGCGACCAGUUGCAUCAAUUGUUGAUCAUUGUCUACGUACAGCUGGCCUGCAUACUAGUCCUAGCCUACAUAUCCUAUGUAGUGGAAAGGGAUGUCUCCGAUAGCCAGAUGACCAGUUUGGCCGAAUCGUUGUGGUGGUCGGUUAUAACACUUUCAACUGUUGGCUAUGGAGAUAGGGUUCAUGUAACAUGGUGGGGCAAACUAAUAGCCAGCUUGUUUGCCAUAAUAGGUGUAUCCUUAUUUGCCUUACCGGCCGGUAUUAUCGGUGCCGGACUGGCCAUCCAAGUCGAUAAACACGCAGCCGAGCGGCUGAAAGGCAAAAAACGAUUGGCCGCUAUUGUAUUGUUGCAGUCUAUGUGGCGAUUGCAGUCAACCUACCGGUGCUCACGGGCAUCAUCGGCACAGUUGAAAACUACUGGUGCUAACCGACCAACCGGCCAACCAUUUACUACUACUGCCGGUAGCCGAUCAUCCACUGGCAAACAACUGGUCGACCAGUUUGUAACUAAUACCCGAUUUUUGGUCGCCAAACGAAAGUUUCGCAAAUUGUUUCCAAACAGUAGAGGAGGUAGAGGUGGUGGUGGUGGUAGUGGUGGUGGAGGUAGUAGUAGUGGUGGUAAUACUAUUGAUUUGGACAGUGAUUACAGUACCUACCGGUGCCAACGUCGCCAAUUGGAAACCAAUUUAAAUAGUAUUCAUCAAAAAGUUAAUAAAUUAACGGAUAAAUCGUUGGCCCAGAAAUUAUUUCAAGAUAAAUGUCAAUCAAAUCUAAAUCACAGAUUGGAUCAAAUGGAUGAGAUUAUCGGAUCAAUUGAUAAACAAUUUAAACAAUGA